AUGUCAUUUUUUGAGACUUCCAAGCAGCCAUACAUCCUACGACAGCGGAAACCCCCGGGCCAAACUGCUCAAAUGGGCUCUUCUAUUGGCACUGGUAGCCUUUUUGCACUACAUGACGAACCACGACGAGUCUCAACGAGUGUAGCUUUCGCCAAGACACCCCGACGUAAAGUUGCAGUGGCAAUUCCCGCUCUACCGUCUUUGUCACACACUCUUCCGUCGUUACACCAAGCUCCAAGUGAGACUCGACAAGCUGACUUCACUCCCAUCGCACCCAGUACACCUCGCUCUUCACAGUCCAGAAACAGAUCGCCGCGCUUUUCAGCAGCACUGAAGAAACUCAUCCGGUGA